GCGCACGCGCGCAGUCAUCAUUCGAUCUCCCCGCGGAGGAUCGAAUGGCCUGACCUCUGACACUUCAGAGGUCUCAAUUUCGGCGUUCUGACAGUGGAUCAGACUUAUGGCUUCCGGGUGCUCGAUUCUCUGCGGGUUCCGGGACAUUCCACUGAGAUCAGAGCGAUGCGGGCUGGCACUCAUUUGGACAUGAGAGCUGGAGGUCGACUGCGAGUGAUAAGAGCCUCAUGGCGAGAAGACUUCUUGGAUGCGACUGGGCAGAAAUGGACCGGUCACAUUGGACGGCACCCGAAUUCUUCGUUCUUUGCUUCUCUGGUCGAUUCGAAAGGCUCAGCGUCUCGAAGCAGCUGUCAGUAAUCCUGCUCCGUGUUGGUCGUGAUUCUGCCAUCCUUCUUUCUUGCUCGGUGUCUGGAGUCGUUCGCGCGAGUCUUGUGGCGCGGGACGUUCUUCCUGGGUUUGUGGCAGCCACGGUUUGCUCCGAGCGCGUCUUUUCCUGUUCUGUUCUUACGGUCGAGAAUGUCUGACCUGUAGGGAAUUGUCAGCGUCAGGUCGGUGGUGUUUGCUGCGCUCGGCUGGUCCUAAGUCGUUUUCGCGGGGUUGAUAUUUGGGACGCGAGUAGUGUGCCCGGACGACCGUGGUUUUCGUGGUGACAGUGAUUCUUUCAAGAAAUCUGAAGCUAGGACAGUUCGAAGGAAUGAAAACUGGCACAUUCGGUCAUGUUUGUGAAUUUGCUCAAGAACUCGAAGAAAAUAAAAAUGAGCUUCUGCUGCCGUGCGUGGUCGGUCUGGAAAGUGCAAUCUUGACGGGCUUCGACUUGUCCCAGAUCCUCCGAGGAUCGGCCAUGUGAAAAGCCUUCGACCUCAACAGAAAAAAGUACACAGCUUUUCUGCGAUGUCCCAGAGCCUAUCCAUCGCACUGACCAUAUACACACUUUACAUGUACUGACUAGUCACGGGUCAUCCACACCCAGUGACACUCUCCUUUGCCACAGAGCGGCACAAAUUGCGUUACGGCGGGAGAUAGUUGGACCUGAAAGUUUGCAACGCCGUUUCGGGAGCAGCUGGAGCAGGAGACCCUGUCACCACCAGUUUUCAACAUUGCUCGUGUUGACCAUAAAAAAAAGAAAAAAUGAGGGAAAGUGAACGCAUCCCAUCCUCCCUGCAGGCCGGCCGGCCAGCCAGCCAGCCAAGCCAAGCCAUUCAGCCAGGACAACGAACUGAUCUAUUGUGAGCGCAUGACGACACGCUCGGAGAUGAGAGAAUCUGUCGCCGUCUGUAGAGACUGUAUGUGCUCAAAUUGCUUGCACGCUAAGAAGGCAACCGACCGACCAACCAACAUACGCUUUGUGCCAGAGCUCGACUAAUCUUCCCUUUUAGGGUUACAGUAGUAUGAUCCCAAUCCUCAUCUGUCUUGUCGUCGACGACGAUCGUACUUCGUCAUCAUUGUUACCAUCAUCAUCAUCGACCUGUUCUUCUUGUAAUCCCAUCCCGGACCCGAUGCCAAAAUCAUUGCCGAGUAUGCCACUCCUCUCGGUCCCGUGCAUGCCCUUGGAUCUUCAUAUGGCCUUCUUGCUCCAAAAGCUUCGGUGACUUGUAAAAUUCUGCCACAGGAAAAGCUCAUUUACGAUUUCUAUUCAAAAGUAAUAGAAAAAAUCACACGAACCAACGGUCUAGGGCCAGAAGGUAGAGGCUGAUGCGAUGUGAGAAAUCUUCUUCUUCCUCCCUCCCUCCCAUUCUGUCUGGCUCUGCUCUUGUUCGCCUGUGGAAGUUGUACUCGGUGUACUCCUUCAAGUGGAAGAAAACGUAUAAAAUUUGGGACUUUGCUGCUUGACCCCGGCUGCCCAAUUACGACUACGUAACUUCCCGUGAAAGCUUUGCUUUGCAUUACUUCUUGAACCGGUAAGAGCUCAUACAGCCCACCCUCGCCUCCCCUCAUACAAUACAGUAGUCCUGCUCGUGUGGCCUUGCCUUGCCUUGCUCUGCUCUGUCUCUGUGGUCUUCCCUUGCGUUGGACGGUGAGAGGCAAUUGUCCGUCAUUUGGACGACUGCUGCUCCUGAGACCUGAACGAGCAGCAGCCCUUGCAUUCCUCGGGUCGCCAUGUCUGGUGUCCAUCCUAUACGGAUAUAUUACAGCAGGAUAGAAAAGUGUCUGGAUUCUUCUCCCCCUGCAUCUGCUGCUCCUGCUUCUCUCUGCCCGUCCGCUGCGUGAGAAGCACACCAGCACCAUCGUCGUCAUCAUAAAUAUCGGGGUCCUUGACCUUCAUCUUCUUCUGCCCGGUGUAAACUCCUCCGAAGCAGUGUAUCUGUCCAACCAGCAGCGCGUCACUGGAGAGCAGAUUUCACAAUGGCUUACCGAGGAGCGUGCAAUGGAAACGGGAAUGGGUCAACAUCAAAUUCAUGGGCUCCCUCCUUGACCGAGUUUCCCAAACCGGACGACACAUUAGCAGUUCUGACCAUCGACCCUGGAAAGGAUGUUAUUACUGAGCUUUCAAAAUUUUCCAAAGCCUGCGGAGCUUUAUACACGGAAAAAGCGACCGGUACGGUGUCGUGUGCAACUCUGCACGACCCGAGACACAGAACUAGUCACAGAUUCAACGGUUCCUACAUCAUAGUGAACAUCUAUGGAUCCUUACACGGAGAAAACGGUGCAAAUAUUGAAGACGGACUGUGGGUUCUCCUUGGGAAUAAAGCCGGAGAUGCUUUUUGGGGAAAGGCUUCUAAACCACUCACUGCCGAAACUCCAGUGAAGGUGUGGAUUGUGCGCUGAAUUCAUCAUCCUUCGUCGGACAAAUGAUGAAGAUGGCCAAAUUGCCUAAAGUAGCAUCGGUCCGCUUGUGUCAUACAUCUCGACUUGUUCAUUCCCCUUUCCUGUACGCAGUGCUAUUGCCGAAAUCAGUAGCUGGCAUGAAGCAAUAGAGAUAGUCCUUAGAAUUCCUACAUGUAAUAUGGAGAUAGUAGAAUUUUCAUCUCUGGACCUAAGUACCAAAGCAAAUUCUAUCAGGCUUCCAGAGCACCGGUCUGAAUGACUGACUCGGAUUUUCAGUCAUGAACUGAUAUCUGCCUAAACGCAAUCAUCAAACUUUGUGUAGCUUGCUACACAAUUUGUUGCCACUGGAUAGUCAAUCCAGCUGUGCUCAGUGGUACAAAUUCGAACACUCGUCAGCAGAUGAGGAUUUUCUAGAUGUUCAUUCCUUGAUGAAAGAGAAUGUUGGAAUUAAUUCCAGCACAUGUAUUAUGAAUUUGAAAUUGCGGUUGUCACUCGAAUGUAAUCAGCCUGAGCUAUUAAG